CUAACAAGUAAAGCAUAGGUUUCAGCUCAUAUUCUCUCUUAACCAACAGCUUUGUGUUGAGUAGCUUCAAGUCUAAAUGGGGUUUAGUUUCUUGCCAAUCCUAGCAUUUCUCGCCGUUGCACUGGUGGCCAGCCAUGCUGCUCUGGCUCCGGAACUUUACUGGAAGUCUGUAUUGCCGAAUACUCCAAUGCCAAAAGCUGUCAGAGAUCUCCUACACCCUGACUUGCUGGAAGAGAAAGGUACCUCUGUUGAUGUAGGGAAGGGCGGUGUCAACGUGGAUGCUGGGAAAGGAAAGCCAGGAGGCACCUCUGUCGGUGUAGGUAAGGGUGGUGUAAACGUGGAUUCAGGGAAAGGAAAGCCUGGAGGCACUUCUGUUAACGUUGGAAAGGGCGGAGUAAAUGUGAAUACCGGAAAAGGAAAGCAAGGUGGUGGUACCCAUGUGAGUGUUGGAGGCAAAGGCAAAGGAGUGGGCGUUAAUACUGGAAAGCCCGGAGGGAAAACCAAUGUUAGUGUUGGCAAAGGAGGAGUAUCUGUGAACACAGGAGGCAAAGGAAAGCCAGUCUAUGUUGGAGUAAAACCAGGGCCAAACCCAUUUGAUUACAACUACGCUGCCAGUGAGGAUCAACUCCAUGAUGACCCAAAUGUAGCUCUUUUCUUCUUGGAGAAGGACAUGAAAGUCGGGACAGAGAUGAACUUGCACUUCACUAAAAAUUCAAAUACAGCAACUCUCUUACCUCGCCAAGUUUCCAAAUCAAUUCCGUUUUCAUCUGAAAAAUUGCCAGAAAUCAUGAACCGAUUUUCAGUGAAACCUGGAUCAGUGGAAGCUGAGAUAAUGCAAAACACAAUAAAAAACUGUGAAGAACCCAGCAUCAAAGGAGAGGAAAAAUAUUGUGCAACUUCACUCGAAUCAAUGAUUGACUUCAGCACUUCCAAGCUUGGAAAAGGUGUUCAGGCAUUUUCCACAGAGGUGGAAAAAAGAAGUAAGAUGCAGAAGUAUACAAUAGCAGCAGGAGUGAAGAAGAUGCCAAGUGACAAAUCUGUAGUCUGCCACAAGCAGAACUAUGCAUAUGCUGUAUUCUACUGUCAUGCAACUGAAACCACCAGGGCUUACAUGGUUCCUUUGGAAGGUACCGAUGGGACAAAAGCCCAAGCAGUAGCAGUCUGCCACACAGAUACAUCAGCAUGGAACCCAAAGCAUUUAGCUUUCCAAGUGCUCAAAGUUAAGCCAGGGACUGUUCCUAUCUGUCAUUUCCUUCCUGAAGAUCACAUUGUCUGGGUUCCCAACAAGAAGCCUGCAGAAUAGAAUCAGACCAUCUUAUUCCAUCUAUUCAAUCAGCAGAUUUCGAAUUGGAUCAGUUUAAAAUAUUACCUGUUUAGUUAUACAAUAAUGUAGCUCACCUUCGGUAUGCAUGUACUUAUAAAGUUUGCUGCAGUUUUGUUUACGAAAAAUCUACUUAUGAUUAAAUUCA